UCUGUCCAUCGCAGAAUGUCUUACUUAAUGGAGUCGAGUUACAUAUUUUGAAAAAAAAAUUGGAUGACAAAGAUAUAAUGUUCAAUUUCUGCAUUUUUUAUGAAUAAGGUGAAAACUGUGUGCUAAUUUGGCCUAGCCGAAAUGCAUUGUGGGAUACGUUUCUCACGUCGCUCGCCAUUUUGACGCUUGAGUAACGUUAAUGUUAUCACUAGUAAUCAGCUCGAAGAUGACAACGAUACGCUUCAGAAACUGUGGUUUUUAAUGCAAAGGCAGGGCUGUAUUCAGCAGAAGCGUCUGUGGAUAAAAAGAUGACAACACAGAGCGUACAGGUCAAGUUGGAGCUGGGCCACCGAGCCAACAUCCGGGAGAAGCCCACCCCCCAGGGCUUCACCCACGACUGGCUGGUGUUUGUUCGGGGGCCGGAGGGCAGCAAUAUCCAGCACUUUGUGGACAAGGUGGUCUUUCAAUUACACGAGAGCUUCCCGAAACCCCGGAGAGUUGUCAAAGAGCCGCCCUACGAGGUGGCUGAGUCUGGGUAUGCUGGCUUCCUGAUGACCAUCGAGGUCCACUUCCGUUCCAAGGAGGAGCCCAAGAAGGUCAUCUUGAACUAUGACCUCUUCCUGAACACGGAGCAGCAGCCCCCGGUCAACCACAUCCGAUGCGAAAAGCUGACCUUCCACAACCCGACCGAGGAUUUCCGAAGAAAGCUGUUGAAAGCCGGAGGGAUUGGUGUCUUGCCUACUGACCCGGGCAUUCCAACCUCCCCUACGGCUUCACCCACUUUCCCGGUGCCAGAGGGUGGGAUUGGAGGUAAACCACUGCCCCCGUCCUUCACCGACUCAUCCCUGUAUGCCAAGGGAAAGCCCCAAGCGGCAGCGUCCAGUCUUCAGGUCAACAAAAAAUACAAGGCUCAGGCAUCCAAGGAUAGCAGUAAAACUUCAUCCAAGCCCAUGAAAGACCACAAAGAAGUCAAAACUGCUUCAAAGGAGCCUAAGACAUCAUCAAAGGAGCCCAAAAUAGGUUCCAAGGAACCAAAAUCUAACUUCAAGGAGCCCAAACCGGGUUCUAAGGAGCCCAAGUCCAGUAGUGUAAAGGAUUCCAAGGUCAGUAGUAAAGAUAACAAAACUCCUGUCAAGGAUGCCAAACCUGUUUCCAAGGAGCCCAAGUCGGGCUCAAAAGAGCCCAAAACUAGCCCAAAACCACCCCCUAAAGACCCAACCAAGACUAAACCCAGUGUCAAGCGACCUGCCUCUACCUCACCAGCUCCUCCACCAACAUCUCAGGACUCUGCCAAGAAGCGCAAGCGGAAGGAUUCCAGUGACAGAGGCCCUCACGAGAAGAGUUCCUCAGGCAAGCCAUCGCCCGCGGAGAAGGGCCCCUCCGGGGACAAGGUUAAACCGAAGGAGAAAGCCAGCAAACCCAAGACGGUCAAGCCGGCUGCCGUCAGCCAAGGCAGUGCUGGACUCUUCACUCCAGAAAUCUGCGUGUCCAGGAAGCCUAAGACAGCACUGCCAGAGCCUCCAAAGGAGCUGCCCCCCUUCGAGGACGAACUGAGCACAGGUGAGGGCGGGGAGGCACACAGCCCCAGCUCCAGCAUCAGCUUCUCCUCCCUGCCGCGAGGAGGAGGGGGAGUCUUAAACACCCUCAUGGCUGAACUUGGAGACGAGAAUGACGACGACGACGAUGAUGAUCAAGACAUUGGCUUGCCGUAUCGGAAGACACCAUCACCAGUAACAACCCUACCACCACUUAGCAAUCACUCCACGUCAUCUAAUGAACAAGACUAUGGGAGGAUCCCGUCAGGAACGCCAGCCACCUCAGAUAAGACGAAGAGCGGUACUAAAUCCGGCAGUAGUAAAAAGAACAGCAUGAGCAAUGGCUCAAAGAAAAAUGGAUACAGCAACAAGGGUGAACGGAAACAGAAAAGUGGCGAGAUCAAACACAAAAGUGUGGAUGCCAAACAGAAGACUCAGGACGCCAAACCAAAGAGUUCUGAUGGGAAGCAAAGAAGCUCCGAGAACAAAGCCAAAUUGGCGGACACAAAGCAGAAGUACGUGGACAAGAAAAGCAGUGACUCUAAACCCGCAAAAGCCAGCGAGGGGAAACCCAGGCAAGCAGAGGCCAAACUCUCCAAGGGGAACCAGGGCUACCUCAACGACUUGGUUCUCUUGCACCAGAAACUGAGCUGCUUACAGAACAGGGAACAGCUGCAGAAGGUGGUGGACUUGAUUGAGGAGACCGGACUUUUCCACAUAACAGAUGCCACGUUUGACUUUGAUCUCUGCUCCCUUGAUCAAACGACACUCCGGAAGCUGCAAGAGUGUGUGUCCUCGUUUGCGUAGUGUUUGUAGAUUCACGUGGACUCAAUGACUGGAGGCUCUGUUCAGUUCCUGAAUGCCAAGAUCACGUAUCCCACCUCUGCCACCGGUUUUGUAGCCUUUUCUCAAGUCGGUACUGCUACUGCACGUGCUUUACAUGGCAAGUGAUAUUGCCAGUUACAGGGUGUUUUUAGAUGAGUCCAUGGCAAGCCACUCUAUUUGUAAAGAUCUCACUGCAAUGUAAACAAACAGUAAGAAUCGAAUAAUUUUAAACUUCACUGUAUACAGCAUUGUUUCUUUGAAGAGGCAUGCCAAGGUCACUGAAAUUCUUUUGUGGCUUUGCUCAAAGUGGUUGAUGAUUUGCCCAGUUAUUUGCCAAGUCAAAAUAUAUUCAACUCAAACCUUAUCUCCCAAGUCAUACUCCCGUUAAAAUGCAUGUGCUGUUUUGAGCAAGGCAGGAAACAAGAUGCCAUAAAGUCAACCCCUUAUGGUGUUAUUUUGCGUCUGCAGUUGAUCAGUGAAGAGUGAGGUUUCUUUAAAUCGCAAAGUUGACCUCUUACAGGGAGGGCAGUCACCAUUUUUUUCCCUCGUGAGAAAUGAUGUGCUUAAGAGUGUACAGAGAGUGAGGAAGCUGAAACAGACUGCUUGGGAAAGCGGUGCUGUAGGGUUGUGACAGUAUUUGAAGUUGUUAAAAAGUAAAGCAAAGGAUGCAUGGAUCUACUGAUUUGGGAAAUAUGUAAAAAAAAAAAAAUUUAACCAGUCAAAUUUCACAUUGCACUGUAUUUUUAUACCAGGUUCAGGAUUAAAAAAGAACUGAAUAUUUUCAUGAAAUUUGAGGACCUUUGUUUUCACUCUUCCAGAAUUUUUAUAAGGAAAAUAUAAGGAUUUUUUUCAUGUUUCUUUAAAUCCUUAGAUCCAAGUACAUGUACAUGUAAUGUUUAAGUUUUAAGAAAUUUGUGCCAAAGUGAGCCAGGUUCCCACAAUUAACUUGGAUUUUUCUUUUUAAGGGGGGUGGAGGGUAGCAGAUGGGAGAUAGUUUGUGGGGGUCUUUCUGUUUGCUGAACCUGAAAUUGGAAGGAACACAUUCAGAAGCCAACAUGAGUUUGAAACCCAACUAAAAGAUGCAGUUUCCUGUGGUAAUUACCACAUUUAUGAGCAUGUACUUAAGCUUAGCUCAACACCCAUGUUUCAUUGUUAAAACCAGGCUACACGUAUUCAACUCUGCCAUCUCCUGCACUGACCUGUAAUGUUGGGAAAGAAACUACACUUUUAAGGCCACAAAAAACACCGGGAAGAUUUUGGCAAAAAAACAACUCUUGCUUUCAUGUGAACUGUGAACACGUACAUGUAUGGUGGUAGAGAGGGCAGGGUGCUAUCAUCAACGGAAAUUACAGCAAUUGAGGGCACUGAAGGGAAGGUGUGUGCAUUUGUUGUAUUCAUAAAUUGUGUUGGAUUUGUCAAAAAAUAUUUCCCCAAUGUUCGUAACUUUGUGAAACUUUUUUUUCCUGUUCUUGUUCCUUUUUUUCCCCUCAAAAUUAGAAAAUGUGCUAUCUGUGCUUUCUAACUUGCGGAUUCUGAAAUGUUGAAUAUUUUGUUGUUUUUGUUGCUUGAGUAUUGUUUCGUUUUUUGUUUUGCUCAUAGUUUUUCAAGGCCAAAUAUUGCAGUGAAAUCUUUUAUUUCUUGGUGACUCUUGGCUGCAAACCAGGAAACAUCGGUGCUUAGGGUGUGGGACUUUUUGGCCAAAAUCACAUCCAUUUUCUUUGCCGGAUCUGUGCAUUUGUCAUUCCAUCCCUUUGAAGAUCAGAAAAUUCCUUCAAGUAUGGCCGUCUUUGGAUUUUUUCCCCAAUGCUAGUGAAACACUUUCAUGUAUAUAGUCUGUACAAAGUUGGUUAAUAUUUAACGUAUUGUUGAAGACAAAACUUUACUGCCACAUUUUAUCGUCUUGUGUUUUUGUUUCCCGUUUUUUUAGAAGCUACUGAUAUGUACAUGUGUUUUGUCUUUUUUAGGGGGGGGGAGUUAAUCAGUUGAUUUAAAUGAAUGAUCUUCCAAUAGUGGUUUUGCCAGGAGCAAUUUCAGAUAUUUGGCAAAAAGAACAAAUCUUUCCCGUUAAAAGGUCAAGCAACUAGUGCUCAGUUGUUAUAUUUUUUACCAAUUACUGGUAAAUAUUCAUGUUGAUGUUCAGCUACCACUGUUUAGCCUCUGAAAAUGAAGUCAUUGCCUAAUUUGUUGGACCAUGCUCUCCUUCUACAUUCGCAAUGUGAGCAGAAAAACAAAGUGCUGAAAUGUAAUUGCAGUAGGCUUCAAGUUGGAGACUUGACCAAGACUCCGACGCUGAAUUUCUCGCAAUUUCACCGAGUCUCAUUUCCUCAUUCAUGGUCGCAAUGACUGUUAACGACAGGUUUUGUAUGCAAGUUCCUGACUGGCUCCUACAAAAUGAGUUUUUAGCCAUUUUUGAGUAAUAUUGCUUUUUGUACACAUCUCUCUGCUUCGCAGAUCCAUGACAUUUGCCCCAAUUUGAUAAAGCACAACCAAACGUUUCACGUUCAUUCUUCUUGAAGUUUUGUUGUAUUAUAUGUAUAAAAAAAGUUUAUCACCACACAGUAUUUUGCAUGUUUUGAAAACUUGGAUUAUGUCUGUAUUGCUGCACCAAAUGGCUUGAGGAUAGUCACGAAACCCACUCUGUACUUUGUAUAUUUCAAAAACACAUGGAUGUACAUGGAUGAUAUUGAAAGUUACUUGUACAUGCGUCCUAACCCUAUAGCUGCUGGCAUUUCAUAAAGGGCAAUAUACUUUCCUAUAUUUUGUCAGCAUUUAGCUGGAUAAACCUAAGUGGAAAAUAGUUCCUCCCCCCCCCAAAAAAAAAAUAUGGGGAAGAAGAUCUUGUGUUUUGGGCCCAUUUCAAGUCAACAGUGAGUUCUCAUUUUCAGCUCAGCAAAAAACCAGAUGUUACUAACAGCAAAAAAAAUAACACCAAUUUUGUUAAGGACCAAGCAUACCUGAACUUAAGUUCACUCGAGGUCAGUGCCAAAAAUAGAAACUCAUGAACUCUCUGCAUGUUUAUGGUCCAGCAGCAAAAAAUGUCUAAGAGUUUUUAAGGACCCUCUCCCCAUCCAGUUUCUCCUGCUUGUUCAAGAUCUGGCUGAUUCCAGUCACCUAAAGAUGCCAUCAAAGUCACGGUUCUUCCUAUAAGAAUACGUAAACUUAUUUGCUCUGAUCUGUGUUUGUAUGUUUGGGAAGGAAUUUUGAAAAUGUACAGCACCCUUUUAAAAGGCAUUUGCUUAUUUCAGUAUUAAAAAACAUUCUCCGGGACCAUUUAUCUUUUCAGUUGACACUUUUGGUAUUGGAAAAAAAAAAGGACCCCAUUUGUCUAUGGAAAAAAAAACCAAUUUGUCUUUGAAAAAAGAUAUGGGGGCCAACAGUUUUAAGAACGAAAGGUCAUAAGGUCAUGUAUAGGUCAUGACCUGAAUGGUUCAUUAUGCUGGAAAGGUUGUGUAUUUUGCCAAAACCAAAAUUAAAGCUGCUUUUUAUUUUCAGCGUUCUUUUUCUUGCUCUCACAAAAAGCCUUUUGCUUCAGAACCACUACACGCCCCCGACCUGAUGUCAAAGCGGAAACAUCGGCAAAACAUUUAAAGUUGCCUGUUUUAACAGUUGCAAUUAAUAUUAAUUUAUUUACUAGUCUUGGAAUGAAUUUAUCACCCAUCUGUCAAUACAAAAGAGAAUGAACAUUCCGUUGAAAUCAGGAGAUGACAAGUUCUGUUUCCAUCAGUGAAAAAGUGUGCUAUUUGUGUUUACGAUUCUAAAGCAUAUAAUCUCAUGCGUAAAAACCUUGUCUCGUUCUAAUUGCAUUCAGUAACAUUAGUCAAAAAGAAGAAAUGUAAUGUUUGUGCAUUGUUCCACUGGAACAGUUCCACUCAUGAAAGAUGGACGGUACACAUAUUUGUAUUCAGUGGUUUCAAAUUGUCCCUGAAUUUUGUACUCUCAUGCACGCAUGGAAACCUGAGUGUUGGUACAUUGGGAAACAGUGCUUGUGUAAACGAUGCCCAAAGACAAAUCAGAAACAGUACAUGUGUAUACUUUGCCCUGGGCAAACAAGAACUGUUAAUUUCUCCAGCAUCCCAGUGCACCAAAAUGAAACUCUGGCCUAUGAGUUCCAUUGUGCAUAUUGACAUUUCAAGGGACCCCACAGGGCACAUCUUAAUGGUUACUGUUGCAAACGUUUCCUUUCUCAUCCCUUGUUCUUUGCACACCUGAAGGAUGUGGGGAUAUUUCUUAAAUUUAGGUGACAUUUCUGUGCAUUGCAGGACAAGCUUUGGGUUGCCGAGUUCACCUUCUUUUAGUAGAGAGCAGAGCACUGCCUGGUUGUAGGCAUUUGCUAUCACUUCAUUUCCCACAAAUAUGCUCCUUUAGCACUUUGUACAUUUUAUCAAGGAGAAAGAUGUAUUUAAAUUAAUGGAAACAAGUCUGUAUGAUAUUAAAAAGAGAGAUAAGAGAUUUUUACUGAAAAAAGA